CUAACAUGAAUUAUCCAGCUUCUUAGCCCAACCCUCCUAUCCGCCAGCAUGUCGACAUCGAUUACCCUCCAACCGGCCCAAGGCAUGGAGAGCAAGCCGCCGACCGCCGACACGACUCCCUCCUUUACCAGCUUCCCCCACCUCCCGCUCGAAAUCCGCUUCAUGAUCUGGGAACUCUGCCUGCCCCGGCGCAUCAUCCAAUUCAGCGUUCUUGCGCUCAUCCACCACAGACACCAUCACCCCGACCGCAACACCAACGACAACAUGAAUAGCCGCAUCCCUAUGGUGACACUCGCGACCUUGCUCCGAAAACACCACGCCCGUCCCUGCCGCAUCGCUCAGGUCUGCCGUGAGUCCCGCGCCGCGGUUCUGUCCCUCCGACGAUCCGCUGAAGUGCUCGACCUGCCGUGGCUUGGGCAAGGAGUCUGGUUCGACCCGCGCACCGACACGGUGCUGCUCGACUGCGACGUGUUUGAGCGGUAUCGGGACAUCUGGGAGGAGGUACGGUCCAAGCUGUCCUACGGGUCUGGGGCGUGGCCGGGGCGGGAACGUGGUGUGCAGAUUGGGUUUUCAGCGCCGCUGUUUGGGUGGCACCGCAGUCGGCCGGGGACGGCGGAUGUUUCUGCUCAAGAUGAUGAUGUUGUGGCUCCAGCUGCCACCGACACUGAGGAUGGAAAGUUCAGGGCAAGGCAGCGGGAGUGGCCGGUUGUGAUGAAUACCGUGUACUUGGAUGUGACGUCCGCAGAGGCGUGUGGGACAGGUCUUUUUGGACUGUUCGGCGAAGAACAAGCCAUCUUUAUCGAUCUACACAACGAUCGACAGUUGGAGCUGCUGAAGGGGAUUCCGAGGUCGAUGUCCGGACUGUUUCCCAUUCAACGGACGAUAGAAAGGUGUUGGACAGGUUGGAAGGCAUACAAGAGCCAAUCUCGAGCCGUGAGCCGGACGCUUGUGAAUGGGAGGUCGACGAGGCAAACUCGUCUGCCACAUCCAUGCUACCAAGGCGCGGCUCAGGCUGAGGAAGACAAGGAGAAGGUCUUCAAUCCGUAA